AUGGCUGAUCAGGCUGAUAAACCGACGACCGAGAUCCAUGAUAUCCAUGCCAACAACCCCACCGAAUGGAGCCUGGAAAGCGUUCUCCCACGUACCGGCAAACCAUGGUACAAGAGCCGUCAUCUUUUGCUCCUCAAUCUUGGAAUGAUUGUUCCCUAUCUAUCCUCGACGACCAACGGCUAUGACGGAUCCAUGCUCAACGGUCUGCAGUCAAUGAGCCAGUGGCAGGAUUUUUUCGGUCAUCCAACCGGUACCCGGCUAGGAUCACUUUCGAAUGGAGUGAUCUUCGGUCAGAUCGCCGCCUUCCCUAUCGCUCCUUGGCUCUGCGACCAUACGGGCCGACGCUUCCCAAUCUUCCUCGGAUCGGCCCUCCUUGUCAUUGGAGCCAUUCUUCAAUGCGCUGCCCAGAACUACGCUAUGUUUUUGGUCUCCCGUAUGAUAAUCGGAUUUGGUGGUUUGAUUGCCGUCGAAGCCUCACCGAUGUUAGUCAGUGAAUUGGCGUAUCCGACACAUCGAUCCGUUCUGGUCGGCUAUUACAACAACCUGUGGUAUCUCGGGGCUUUGCUUGCCGCGUGGAUUACAUACGGAACCUACUUCAUGGGCCCAAACAUGACAUGGGCGUGGCGUAUCCCAUCUCUUUUGCAGGGAUUCUUUCCCCUCUUACAGGUUAUUUUCGUCUAUAUGCUUCCCGAGUCGCCCCGAUAUCUUGUGCAGAAAGACCGCUAUGACGAAGCUCGAAAGGUCUUGACCAAGUACCACGCUGGCGGAGACGAGGACUCUCGGCUAGUUGACUUCGAGAUGAAAGAAAUUAUCUUAUCAAUCCAGACCGCCAAAGCAGCUUCUCAAACUGGCUAUCGCGAGUUCUUAAGCACACGCGGCAACUUGCAUCGCCUUUUCAUCAUCAUCGCAGUCCCAUGCAUGAUGCAGCUCUCCGGCAACGGUCUGAUCGCCUACUAUCUCCAUCUCAUUCUCAACUCCAUUGGUUUCUCCUCUGAUCCGCAGCAACUCCGUAUCAACGGUGGCCUGACAGUGUUCAACCUGGGUGUCUCAAUUAUCCUAGCCUCGUUUAUGGAGAUAGUCGGUCGACGACGACUCUUUCUUUUCUCCACAGUGGGUAUGCUGGCCUGCUAUAUGAUCUGGACCAUUCUGUCUGCAAUCAAUGAGCAGCGCCAUUUCGAAGAUACUAGUCUCGGCACGGGCGUGAUAGUGAUGAUUUUCAUGUAUCAGCUCUUCUACAACGCCGGUCUCAAUGGUCCACCCUGGGUUUAUGUUACGGAAGUACUUCCUACUCAUCUCCGUGCCAAAGGAACGAAUAUCAUGCAGAUCGCGGCCACGUGUGCUAUCCUCUUCAAUGGAUAUGCCAACCCCAUUGCAAUGGAUGCGAUCAGCUGGAAAUACUAUAUUGUUUACUGCUGUGUCAUUGCUGUUGAAAUUGCGCUGGUCUAUUUCGGGUUCCCUGAAACUAAGGGUCGCAGUUUGGAAGAGGUUGCUUUGAUCUUCGAUGGGGACAAGGCCUUCGGUGACGUCCAUGAGAAACAAAGCCCGGAUGAAGUUUGA